AUGGGCCCAUACAUGGACACAGUCGCUACCGAUUUUUCAGCAGCCCCACAGGUGCACGUACGAAACAGUCACAUUAGCGAGAUGAACUUGGAUGUGCUAUUCCACAUCGGCCUCACAUGUUCGCUGGAGAAGCGUCAGGAGGUGGUCAACACCUUUAAUGACAUCAAGUUCUUUAUCACGGGUGGCAGUGCCGAGCGCAUGACCAACUUUGCACAUUCAGUGGCAAUGGUGCUGGGCAUUACCACGCCGUACGGCUACGCACUGUCCCCCAUAGGCAGUACAUCGCGCUACACGCUGUACAAAGUGGGCCCUGUGCUUGUGGCAAAUCAUGGUAUUGGCAUACCGUCCAUCUCCAUUCUAUUACACGAGGUCACCAAGUUGCUCGAGUACGCUGGCGCACACGACGCUACAUAUAUUCGCAUGGGCACGAGUGGUGGCAUUGGCGUCGAUCCCGGCACCGUCGUCAUCACGUCCGAGGGCGUGAACAACAAGAUGGAGUCUGUGGACGAGGUGGCUGUGCUUGGCUCCACUGAGCUUCGACCGUCUAUAUGCUCGCCUAAGGUGCGUGACGAGAUCAUCAUUGCGGCUGAAGAGGUUGGACUGCCCUACGUGGUGGGCAAGACACUCAGCUGCAAUGACUUUUACGAAGGACAGGGCCGACUGGACGGCGCCAUCUGCGAGUACACGCUCGAGAAUAAAAUGGUGUUCCUGCAGAAGUUGGCCGGUGGUGGCGUCCGCAACAUCGAGAUGGAGGCGCGCGGGAUGGCCGCUUUCUGCCACAAGCUCCAUAUCCCCGUCGCCGUGGUGUGUGUGACCUUAUUGAACCGCCUCAAUGGCGACCAGGUGCUCUUAAGCCACGAAGCUCUACAGGAGUUUGAGAUGCGCCCUGCCGCUGUGCUGCUGCACUACAUCAAGGCCAAGCUUAGUGCAGUGUAG